CUCACCUGGUUAAAGCUGAAUACAAAGAUCCAUUAUUAUUAGCCUGCACAGUUCAGUUCAGUUCAUGGAUGAUACUUUAGUGAAAAGCAGAAACUUGUUUUAAAGAGAUAAAAAGUUGUAAUGAACAUGUGACGCUACAGGUUUGUAGUAUUUGGCACGCCUUUUCAGGAGGUGCUGUUUAUGUCUUACAUAUUCAAAAACAAGUUAAAGUGUUUUAAAAGACGAUGACAUUUCAGCAAAACUGUUAGCCUUGACUUGCAUUAUUAUUAUUUAUUCUCAGCAUUAGGCUUACUUUUUUUUUUUUUUUUUUGAACAUUUUAUAAUUAACUUUAUCAGAAGUCGGCCAAAUGACUAAUUUAGAGUCGGCUCUUUGUGUUAUUUAAGGACGUAUUACGUAAUUUUACCAAAUACCUCAUACUAGGGAGGUUAACUCAACUCUUUCCUGAAUGAGUUAUCUUCUUUUGUCAAAACAUUGUUGUCCAAACUAGUCUAUCCACUUUGGAUCCACCUACAGUCCAGGACUUGCUUGUUCAUUUAGUCAAGGCCAGAAACCCCUGACAUACAAGUCAGUGUUUACAUAUUGUAACCAGAUAGUUCUGUAUUUUUUCCCCAGUCAGCACAUCAAUUGUCUUUUUUUUGUAAUAUAAGUUUAAACCCUUUUGACAAGAUGUUCCUUAGAUACUGCUCUGUGUUGUUUUAGCCUCCAGGGUUCACUCUUGUCUUUCAGCAGUGUGGAGAAAGAGCCAGGAUGAUCCCAGUUGGAGAAUUGAGAAAUUUCGGCAUAGAGCAGAACUCAAAGUUUCGGGUCCUGAAGCCUUGGUGGGAUGUUUUCUCGGAGUACCUGUGCGUUGCUAUGCUCAUGAUUGGAGUCUUCGGGUGCACUUUGCAGCUCACACAAGACAAGAUCGCCUGCCUGCCCAGCCACUUCACCAGCCCAACACCCGAAGCCAUUGACUGCAGCCACAUCCGGACCUACAGGGAGAACGCGACGUCGCAGCACACUCUGGUUUCAAAACCCAUCGUGAAGGAGGUGUUUGGUCGCAAGAACAACCUGGACAUCCACCAGUAUGUGUUUGUCAACCACCACUGCUACGAGAGGUUCGUCCACUGGUUCGCCAAGUUCUUCCCGUACCUCGUUGUGAUCCACACUCUGAUCUUCAUGGUCGCAAGUAGCUUCUGGUUCAAGUUCCCCGGGACGUCUUCCAAAAUUGAGCUCUUUGUUACCAUUCUGGAAAAGUGCUUUGACUCACCCUGGACCACGAGGGCCCUGAGCGAGGUCUCUGAGGAAAGGGGAGAGGAAAAACUGGUGAGCUGGAGGAACACCGUGUCAAAAGGAGGCUCAGAACGACAAAUAGAUGAAGAGGAAACUAGAGUGCUUCUUCGCUCCUCGUCGGUUAAGUCCAACCCAGAAAAGAAAGCAACGGAGCCUCAAUCGUCUCCCUCGGUCUUGGAUAAAAAGGAAGGCGAGCAGGCCAAGGCUCUGUUUGAAAAAGUGAAGAAGUUCAGGACUCAUGUAGAGGAAGCAGACAUCUUGCGUGUCAUGUACGUGCUUCAGACAUCACUGAAAGUCUUCAAGUUCCUUUUAAUCAUAAUCUACACCUCGGUGCUCGUACCGAACAUUGAAAUAGUGGUCAAGUGUUACGUUCCCCCUGACCUGACCGGGUUCGAUAUCUACUGCUGCAACCACAACAAGGCCCAUCUCUUCUCCAAGCUCGCCUACUGCUACAUCUGCUUUGUGGGCGUGUAUGGACUCCUCUGCAUCUACACCCUCUACUGGCUGUUUCAUCGACCACUGAAUGAGUACUCCUUCGACCAAGUCAGACUGGAGACGGGCAUUAAUGACAUACCGGACGUAAAGAAUGACUUUGCCUUCCUUCUGCACCUCGUGGACCAAUAUGACGCUCUUUUCUCCAAAAGGUUUGCUGUGUUUCUCUCCGAGGUAAGCGAAAGUCAUCUCCAUCAGCUCAACCUCAACUACGAGUGGACUGCCAAAAAGCUACGCACCCGUCUAGCCAAGAACGCCAGCAACCGGUUGGAGCUCCACUUGCUAAUGCUGCCGGGACUUCCCGACACAGUCUUUGAGAUUCCCGAAGUGGAAUCGCUCAAACUGGAGCAAGUUAAAAAUGUCACCAUCCCAGCGAGUGUGGCAAAGCUUGAAAAACUGAAGGAGUUAUCGCUGGUCUACUGCCCUACCAAGCUCCAGCUAUCUGCCCUCAACCACCUCAAGGAACAUUUAAAGGUCCUACGUCUAGCGUUUGAAAGUCUAGAAGAGGUGCCUAUGUGGAUGUACACCCUGCAUGGCCUGGAAGAGAUAGAACUAAACGGACCUUUAACAAACGAGGUGUCCAAAAGCGCCUCUCUCGACUCCUUUCGAGAGCUAAGAGCCCUGAGAAUCCUCACCCUCCACUCCACCCUCGCUAAGAUCCCACCCAGCAUUGUGGAUGUUGCAUUGCAGCUGCAACGACUGAACAUCUACAACGACGGUGUGAAGCUCCAAGCUUUCAGCACCUUAAAGAAGCUUACCAACAUAGUGUCUUUGGAGUUAGUGGGCUGCCAGUUGGAGCGCAUCCCAAGUGCAGUCUUCAGCCUGAUCAACCUGCAGGAGUUGGACCUGAAGGAAAACAAACUUACCACCGUGGAGGAGAUCCUGAGCUUGCAGCACUGCCGCCGUUUAGUGACUCUCCGACUGUGGCACAACAAAAUCACCUACAUCCCCGACCACAUCAGUAAGCUUCACUCCCUGGAGACGCUGGACGUCAGCUGGAACAAGCUAAAUAAGCUUCCCUCUCGGAUGUUUCAUUGCACGACACUCAGGCACCUGGACGUCUCCCACAACCAGCUCACCUCUCUUCCUGCGGAGAUCAGCAUCCUUCAGGGUCUCCAGUUCUUCUCUGCCGCUUUCAACUCGUUAGAGACCCUUCCAGAGGAGCUGUUCUCCUGCAAAAGGCUAAAGACGCUGGCCCUCGGAAAUAACUGCCUGGCCAAUCUUAGCUCCAGAGUGUCGAAUCUGGCACAGCUAGUCCGACUGGAGAUUAAAGGGAACCGCCUGGAGUCUCUUCCUCAUGAGAUCGGUGACUGUCCCCUGCUGACUGUCAGUGGACUGAUAGUAGACGAUAGCCUUCUGGAUCUGCUGCCGUCAGGUGUACGAAGCCGGCUGAGUAAUAGCUGAGUUUGCAGAGCUCUCAUUGACUCGUCAUUUUCUCAGUGUAGCAUGGAGGUUGACGGUGGUUUUAGUCACAAUGAGAGAUAAUAGUAUUGUCACAGAAUUAAACCAUUGCACUGGCUGGAUUUUUUAAAUAUAUAUUAAACAGGUCAAAAAAAGGGAAACCAUAACUGACCCAACGAAAAGACAACAAAACUGAAAAUGUAUUAAGAAGAGGAGUUCUGAAAUAUGUGUUUUUAGGAAAUGUUUUUUUAUGCAUUCUCUUAAAUAAUACUUUUCUUUUUAAAUAAAUAUUUUAACAA